GUAGUUGCAGUCUGUCGUCAGGCCAUUGCUUUCUAACACCCUGAGUGACAACAUGAAGAACAGUGCUGUGAUGACAGGAGAGAUUGGCUUUUGGACAAGACGCAGACAGCCCAAACACAAGGCCACGAACGCCAGUCACCAUCACUAACAACAAGUAGCUUUCAAACAAGAGUGGCACAGUAUAAAACCACAUUGAUUGACCCAUCAAACCACCUGCGCACACAGAGAUGACAGGAAAUCUCACCUGAGAUAAUCAAUUCAAUAGAAAUCACUCCUAAUGUCCUAUGGAAUGAGAUGUCGCAAGUACGUCUAACAACACCACCACCAAAUUUGAAUGAAGGUUAUUCCCUUACAAGUUUGACUUUACUUGUCCUUCUGCUCAUACCCUGUGUGGUCACCCUGCUCUUGCUGAACUGCUUGUUCCUGGGUUACAAAUUAUUGAUCGCAUCAAAGAGAAACGCAAAGACGCGCGAGGACGCAGAGGAAAUGCUCCUGCAGUCGACCCAUCACAGGGUCACCAGGCUGUCCGAUCUGCCUUUCGCUUCGGACGGCAGGAGGCCAUAUGUGUCCUUGUCAGAGCCCAUCCUGCCACAUCCCGUCACCUCCUCCAGAGCCUCAUCCAAAGACAGGGCGGCGGUGGACCAGAGGAUCCGGUUCCUGCGGCCAGAUGGCGCCACGGGUAUCGGCUCAGGGUCCCUGAGGGCGCCAAGCACCAUCCUGGGAAACUCGCCCGCCACUGUUUUCACUCCCAGAGUCAAGCUGACGCAGAGUGCACGGAGGUACAGCAGCGGCAAAGCGGACUGGUGUAGAAGCGCACCUGUCUCACCUCUGUCCAGUGAUUCAGAGACUGCAAACGUUGUGCCGCCCAACUCGCCCACGGCGAAUGAGCCCCUCUCUAAGGAGGCGUGUCAUGUGGGCCAUAUUUGUCAGGGCAGUAGUGUGGACUUGCUGGCAGCUGUGAACCAAGGUGUUGCAGAGCAUCAUUUUGACAAGAUGGACUUGGAGUGCGAGUAUGCCCACGUUCCCCCAGAGACAACGUGCCUGAACACAUCUACGGUGGGCCCUGGAUUGGACAGUGACUUUGGUGCAAGCGCAGGAGUCUCUCUCCGGAUUUUGUCCGCAGAUAGCGACGGUCUGUCCAAUGGUGUGCUAGCCUCAGCCCUGGAGUGGGAUUAUUACGAUCCUUGCUAUGUCAGGCAGAACAACGUACCCAAGCAUAAACACCUCAGACCUGCGAUACACACUAAGCAGUACUGGGUGUAAUGUACCCCAGCUCUUACUGGGCUGACUAAACAUUUUAAUUUAAUUUAAUUUAAUGUUUUAUCUCCUAUUUAUUUAAGUUAAAUAGGAUCACAAAUGCUGUUAGUUUUAUUUAUUUAUGUGUUCAUUUAUUUAUAAUUGUAUUUUUUAUAUAAUUUAUUUCAUGCACUGACACAGAUUAAACUCUGUUUUCUUCAAAUAAUCACUAAAGCUUUGCACUAUAGUUUAAGUUGUCACAAUUCUUGAUUGCUUCAGACAUGCACUUAAGCAGUUCAAAUAGUUGUUUAUGAUGCACCUUUCACUUAAUGUUAAUUAUAUUUACUAUUUCACAACACUGAACCACUUUUGUAAUUCACAAAUCUGCACAUCAGUAUUUACAUUCACUGUGGUUUCUUGAAAUGUUCUGAUUCACCAUUACUUUCUAAUAAAAGCUGAAUACUGCA